AUGCACUCGAUAUUUAAGCUCGUUCUCAUCUUAUUCGCCGUUUCCCCGGCUCUGUCUUUCGCUCUCCAUCACUCCGAUGAGGUUGCGAAUCCGGCUCGACGAUCCACGGAUCAUUCACGCCAUACAUUGCGCGGGCGCGGCCACAAAAGAGGGUUUAUAGACAAUAAGCGCAAAAUCGACGAGGUUGUCGUAAAUGACUUGGAGUACAUUGAAAAGGGGGAGUAUGCCGAAGUCUACGGUGGAGAGGUUCAGCCGGGAACAACCGGUGGCAAGAACAUCCCAUCGCAGGUCGCAGUAAAGGAAUUCAAGGGCAAAAAGAAUAUCGAGCACGGCGACACUGAAAUGGCAGCCAUUGAAGAUCUGCAGAAGAAAGUCGCCAACAUCAAUAUCCCCGAGAUCUACGCCUCUGAGAAAACGGAAGAAUCAGGGCCCGUGUUACGCUACAUCAUGACGCGAGCAAGAGGCGGAUCUCUUGCAGACUGUUAUAAACAGUACGCACAGAUCGAGACGAACGAAAACAGGCUGCGGGCCGUCGUGGAACUGUGGAAAACACUGGGACAGAUCCACGACGCCGGGUGGGCUCACAGGGAUAUCAGAGCAGAGAACGUGCUCCUCGAGAACGAAUGGGUACACCGGGCAAAAAAAGGCCCGUCGGGACGGAUGUUGACCACAGGUUUCGUUUGGGCUGCCAAGGACGACGGGUUCUACAAAGACAUGGACAUUCCGGAGAUGGCAGAGGUCUCCUACCAGAUGCUCUAUGGCAUACCAUUCCCGGAGCUGCCUGAGGAAGAAUCGGAUAACGACGACAACUUCAAUCAGCUUAACGAAGACAAGCAAAUCGAGACAGUGCAACAGUUGUAUAGCGGCAAUGCGGGGGGAAAGAAAAUGGGCGAGAAGCCUGCAAAGUUCUUUGCUUGGACCCACGAGGGUAUAGUAAACGACGUAAAGAAAGCAUUGAAGAUGCUAGACGAUAUCAAAGGCGAUGACCUCCUUGCAUAA